GCGCCCGGAGCAGCGACAGCGGCUCCGAGCGGCUCCAUGUUGGAUCCGUCUUCUUAGAAAUACUGCGCUCCGGAGCUCUACCUGCGGCUUCCACCAGACUCGCAGCCGGGAGGUCCACUCUGCAGCGCAGGCUCCGGCAUGAGGGCUCCCCACCAGCCGCACCGCCACGAACAUAUGUUCACCGGGGCUUUGCUGCACUCAGCCGCGUCAUUUCCACAGUUUUUAACGGGGCUGGGAAAUUAGGUUAAAGACGCACUUGAUGAGCAGAUGGGGAAGUGAGUGGCAUGCAGGGUGAAGAAGAAGAAAUAAUUGGAUUUAGACAACGCCACACACGGCAUUAUGUUCACGCUCACCGAGGUUGCAUCCUUGAACGACAUCCAGCCCACGUACCGCAUCUUGAAGCCAUGGUGGGACGUCUUCAUGGACUACCUGGGGCUGGUCAUGCUCAUGCUGGCCAUAUUUGCAAUGACCAUGCAGAUCACCAAGGACCAGGUCUCCUGCCUCCCGUGUCUGGAGGACUCGGAGGAAGUCUUAAAAGCUACCUCCGGCCCCGCAAGGAAGAUAUUUGAGGGAACCACCACAGGCCCUGCUGCCACCACCGUCCUGCUGGACACAAAGGACCUGCCAGACGAGGCGGUUCACACCAUUUACACGACGGCGCAGCAGACCGCUCUACUGACAGACGCCAACAGCAGACCGCAGGGAACAGGCGUCAAAACCAACCUGGACUUUCAACAGUAUGUCUUUAUCAACCAAAUGUGUUACCAUGUUGCCUUGCCCUGGUAUUCCAAGUACUUCCCAUACCUCACUCUCAUCCACACCAUUAUUCUCAUGGUCAGUAGCAAUUUCUGGUUCAAAUACCCCAAAACCAGUUCCAAGAUUGAGCACUUUGUGUCUAUUCUGGGUCGGUGCUUUGAGUCUCCGUGGACCACGAAGGCGUUGUCUGAGACGGCGUGCGAGGACUCUGAGGAGAACAAGCAGAGGCUGACGGGCACCUCGUCGGUCCCGCAGCAGGUGUCUCUAGAGGGGAAGGAUGAAGGGACCAAUGCGAACCAGUCUACCCCCAUGCUCGGGGUCAAGUUCUCUGCAGACAAACCCAUUGCAGAGGUGCCGAGCAGCAUGACCAUCCUGGAUAAAAAGGAUGGGGAGCAGGCCAAAGCCCUGUUUGAGAAGGUGAGGAAGUUCAGAGCCCACGUGGAGGACAGUGACUUCAUCUACAAGCUCUACGUGGCGCAGACCGCCGUCAAGACGGUCAAGUUUAUUUUGAUAUUGUGCUACACUUCCACCUUUUUGGCCGAAAUAAAAUUUUGUCACAUUUGCAAAAGUGAGAGCAACCCAAACAUAAAACUGCUAACGGGAUACGAGAUGUUCUUCUGCACGCACAACAUGGCUUUCAUGCUCAACAAGCUCCUCAUCACUUACAUGGCGCUCAUUUUAAUAUACGGGCUGACGUGCCUCUACUCGCUGUUCUGGGUGUUUCGACGGCCGCUGAAGGAGUACUCGUUCGAGAAGGUAAGGGAGGAGAGCAGCUUCAGUGACAUUCCUGACGUCAAAAACGACUUUGCAUUCCUCUUACACAUGGUUGACCAAUACGACCAGCUUUACUCCAAGCGCUUCGGCGUGUUCCUGUCCGAGGUGAGUGAGAACAAGCUGAGGGAGAUCAGCCUCAAUCACGAGUGGACAUUUGAAAAGUUGCGGCAGCUAGUCAGCCGUAACGCACUGGACCAACAAGAGCUGCACCUCUUCAUGCUCUCCGGCCUCCCGAAUGCCGUGUUCGACCUCACGGACCUGGAGGUUCUGAAGCUGGAGCUGAUUCCCGAGGUGAGGUUUUCAGCCAAGGUCUCGCAGAUGACCAGCCUGCAGGAGCUGCAUCUCUGCCACAGUCCCGCCAAAGUGGAGCAGACGGCCUUCGCUUUCCUGCGGGAUCAUCUCCGCUGCCUCCAUGUCAAGUUCACAGACGUGGCCGAGAUCCCGCCGUGGGUGUAUCUGCUGAGGAGUCUGAGGGAGCUGAACCUAAUCGGCAACCUGAGCUCAGAAAACAACAAAAUGAUCGGUCUGGAAUCCAUGCGAGACCUGAGGCACUUAAAGACAUUAAUCCUGAAGAGCAACCUCACCAAAAUGCCCACAAACAUCACAGAGCUUUCGCCACACCUGAUCCGGUUGGUGGUGCACAACGACGGUACGAAGCUGCUGGUACUGAACAGCCUGAAAAAGAUGACCAGCUUGAUUGAGCUGGAGCUGCACUGCUGCGAGCUGGAGAGGAUCCCCCACGCCGUCUUCAGCCUCACCAACUUACAGGAGCUCGACUUGAAAUCCAACAACAUCCGCACCAUCGAGGAGAUCAUCAGCUUCCAGCACCUCAAGAGGCUGACGUGCCUUAAGCUGUGGCACAACAAGAUCAUCACCAUCCCGUCAUCUGUGGGCCAGGUCAAGUCCCUGGAGUCUCUCCACCUGUCUCACAAUAAACUGGAGUCCCUCCCGGCCGCCUUGUUCACGCUUCCCAAGCUGCGGCACUUGGACGUGGGCCACAACUCUAUCACGGUGCUUCCACCAGACGUGGGUCUCCUCCACAACCUCCAGCACUUAGCCAUCAACUCCAACAAGCUGGAGGCCCUGCCCAAGCCUCUGUUCAGAUGUACCAAGCUCAAGGUGCUGUGCUUGGGCCACAAUGCGCUCACCACGCUGCCGGAGUCGGUGUGUCAGCUGGUCCAGCUCACUCAGCUGGAGCUUCGAGGAAACUGUCUGGACAGGCUGCCCGCCCAGCUGGGAAACUGCCGGCUGUUGCGCAAAAACGCCCUGAUUGUGGAGGACCAUCUCUUUGACACUCUGCCCAUGGAAGUUAAGGAGAGCAUCAGCCGGGAAACGAACGUGUCCUUCACAAGUGGCUUAUAGCACAUCAAACUGACCCUCACGGAGAAAGACAUUUUAUUUCUACCUGUAACAGUGAAUGCAUCUCAUUAUUUUAAUGUGCUAUUGUAGUUGCUUACAUUUUAACAUACCUUAAGAAUAUACAUUGCUUUUGUUGUCGCUUUGUCUCUAAUUCAGCUUUUUUAUCAUACCGUUUAAUUAAUAAUAACACAUUAAGCUUUCCUAUGUUAUUCCAGUGACACAGUAUGUAGAUUAUUCUUGAUUGUUUUAGGUACUCAGGUAUAAUUGUAACCAUUGGGAACAAUCUUUGCCUUAACUGCUGCUAUUUUAUUUUGUUUUUUAACAGUACAAGGGGUUUUCACGACAACAACAAAAAAAAAAAAGGCCAAAAAUGAACGACUCAUGUUCUCUCGUGUGCUUUUUCAUACAGGCUCUACCUUUAGGGUCACUUUUAGAUGUUAUAGAAGCAAGCACAAUGCAACACUCCUUCCUUUCGAGGUAGUUUUAACUAAUGCUGACGUCUUGUAACCCACGUAUAUUUUCCUCACACGUAGUCUCGUAGCGUGCAGAAUAACUUUAGUAUGGUACAACUCAGGUGGAGUUCAAGCGGCAGACAUGAACCUUUCCCUAAGUUGUGUAAAGAUUGUACACGAAGGCCUUUACUACAAGAUUUAAUUGGAUGUGAAAACAUGACCAUGUAAAUGCCGUUUUGUGAUAACCUGUUCUGAGACCAAUAAGAGCUGACAAAAGGGAAAUCUGCAGAUUUGUUGUUUUUAAAAAAAAUCAUGUUUUGAAAUUUGAUGUAUGAUUGAAGCCUGUCACUGGCUGGACUGAUCCACUCACCUGUGCAGUCACCUGUCGAUGAUAACGUGUCUCUUUUCUUUGAAUGUACCUCUGUGUAGGCCUGAACAAAUGUCCUUCAGGGCUGCUCUAUCACCUUGGUAAUCCCACGCUCAAAGUUCACCACUUACAAUAAAAGACGAUUCCAGACGAUCGUUUAAUCAUUAUUCAUCUCGCUCAC